UGCUCGAGCUUCCAUUUUGUUGCAAAUCAGACAGUCGAGAGGUAAAGACUCAUCUUUUACACCGUAUGAGGGCCACACAUUUGUAGAUAUAGCAAUUUAUACAUUCUCCAUCCAGAGAUUUCAGACGUCAAUUCAACAAUCUCUGACAAAGGGCUUUUACCAACCAAGCCUGAGGAAGUCGAUCGGCUUCUUGGAGCAUUUUCGUGCGCUGAGGUGAAUUGAUGUUCUACUCGGCUUCACGGGAAAACGACGCUCAUUGGCACAUGACAACUCCAGAUCUUGCUGGACCUAAAAGUGCAGCGAGAAGUAGACCGAAGACUACUUCGAGGACCUGGAGCCCAAUUGGAAAGGAGAAAUUAAGAAGGAAACAUCUCUGCACAUUCAACUUUCUAACAACAAAGAGGUGACACACAGUGUGAAAAGUACAGCAUGGGAGGCGGAGAGAGGUACAACAUUCCAGUGUCCCACCCAGAGCGCCCAUUGCCCAAGAAGAACCAUCAGCUGGGCCGGGCUAAGCAGAGAGUUGUACGCGAUCAGAAUGGAGUGACAACAGUACCAUCCUCAGGGGCGGCGGGAGGUCCUCACCAACAUGGCCACCGCAAGGGCGUAGCCUACCCCUGGUUUCCAGAGGCGCGGCUGGCCGCGUCGGCUGAGAAGAAUAACGCUUCUGUCCGUUUUGCCAACGCCUACGAUCAGAAUUGGGAGGGCGCUGUGUCCCACCUGAACACACUUCUAGCCGCCCAGUGUGGCGGCCCGAGCUAUGCCGGGGCCAAGUUCAGCGAGCCACCCUCCCCCAGCGUGCUGCCCAAGCCCCCCAGCCACUGGGUCCCCAUGGGUACCCGUGACAGCAGGGAGAUGAUGGCCUUCCAGCUGAAGAGCCUCCUCAAGGUACAUGCCUAGAGAUGGACUCCCAUAACCUGACCUUUCAAGGCCAACGUGUGAACGAAUGCCCCUCUGAAGGCUCCUGCCUGCCUGGAACGCCCCAGCGCUGUAAUACACUUUUAGCUAUUUUUUAGAUAGAGGUCUUCGAAGGGUGGGAGGCAUGUUGCAAGUAGAUCUCUGCUGCAAAUGUUAGUCACCCUUUAUUUGUUUAAAAUUUUGGAAACCAUAUAUUACAGUGCUGUAGCCUUGUCGGUGGGGGAGAAUGCUCUCAUUGGAGUCUGUUUUCUGUCACUAACGAUGAACUGGAUAUCCUUCGUAUUCAUGCUCUGUUCUUUUUUAAAAGUUUUUUUGGGUUGGCCAUUAUAGCAAGUCUGUGGGCUUUUCUUCCCAAACUGUAGGGUUGACUACUGUUAGUAUACACUUAAUGCAGUGUCAUUUACAGUCCAUUUCUGUGGACAGGUAAUUCUUACUUUGGCACGUUAAGUUCUGUUAAUUAUUAAGGAGUUCACCUCUGACAACCUGGUGCUGCCUGAAGCACAACCUACAAUUGUAGGAUUUCUUUGGUUUGACUUAUUAUUUUACCUCUGGUUUUUGAGGGAUUUAAAAGCCACUCUAUGUGCUGCAGGGAAACCAGAGCUAUCUUUCAGGAGGGAAUCAGCUGUAGUAGUGAGUACAGGUCACAAGUAUAACCUCAAACUGCAGUGUAAUAUGAGGCCAUGGCACACAGGCCUUGAAGGUUCAACUCCUGUACUUUUUUAUUGCGCUGUGCGCACUGCACUAUGGGAGUUGUGCUGGUCCAAGGCCUGCAGCUGUAUCAUACCAUUAUUUUGUCUAUUUGUGAUGUAGUUGAUCAAACAUUGAGUCAGUUUUGUCUUAACCAAAGCAAUGUAUUUAGCUGUGAUUUUUCGCCAUAUCUCCCUUGCCUCUCUGACGUGGUUAUCAGUGCCAUAUCAACCACGUUGGCUUGAGUGGCACAGGGAAUUUGGUCCUCUGGGUCACUUUUCCAAUGCAAUCAGUACUGUUAUUAGCCACUUUCAAACUAUCUCCUUACCUACUGAAGCCCCACGCGGUAAACAAUGCGGAAGAGGGCCAUUCAACUGGGACUUUAAUAGUUUCACAACCUCUAUCUCCUAUGUCAUGGCCCUGUUUGCUGUGUGGCAGUUUCUUAUGAGGGGGUGCAAAGUUGAGAGAAGUGCGUCACGUGGCAGAGGACUGUAGGCGCAAGGCCAGUGGAUCUGUUUACAUUUAAAAUGUCUCCAGCAGCAAUCUCCAGAUACUCACUGCCUCCUGCACCCUACUCUUCUUAAACUGCAAUCAAAAUUGUUUUCAUAAGUUACAGGCUGAGAUGCCCUUUUAUCAGUGGGUGGUUAAUUGACUAUCUCCCUCUAGGUUCUAAUUUGAGGGGAGGCGGUCUUUUAUUUUCUUUGCAGAAUGGGAACUGUAAUGGCCAUCUUAGAGACGACAAAAGGGAGCUCACGAGCUUGAAAUCAGUUAAAGAAAAAGAGCCAUGUAUAUAAUGAAAUGUAUAAAAAUACUUGUAGCAUAUGUACAUUUUGCAGGGUGACUUUAAACCUGCUUGAUAAAGUAUUUUUUAGUAAUACACUGAAUGUAUAAGUCAUGCUAAGGACAUGUCUUGACUUCAAAUACUGAAUAUUUUUGUAGAAAAGAAAUCUGCCUAUAGCAUUUGUCAAUACCCCUGCACUGUGUAAUAUUGCCAGUGAUGUUGCACAUAUUUUUUUAUUUUAUUUUGUAUUAUGCACAGUGUAGGGUAAAAAAAUGCAGUGUGCAAAAAAUUCAACUUAAAUUUGACCUUUCUGAGGAGACUUCGAUAUGUAUGAAUUGUUUUAAUUUCCAGAUGCGCUACAGCCUGAAAUGUAUUUACUGAGACAACCACUGGGGGCUGGUUUCCCAUAUACAGAUUGACCCGUACCUGGAUUAAAACAACUAUUUCAAAAGAUAAUCUCCAUUGAAUUUCGUUUUUUAAUCCAGGACUACUUAUGAUCUGUGUCUGGAAAACGUGCCCUGAAUUUUGAGUUUGUCAACUUGAUUGUGACUACAUUUUAACCCAACAUUGAAGAAUUCUGUUGUUGAACCAACAUUGAUUUAUAUUUUUUGAUUAGGUAAUGUUUGACCAAAAAUGUAUAUCUUCAAACCACCUUCAAUUAUCUGCUGUUCUUCCACCAGAAAAUAAUUGAAUUUGGCCCUAUGUUAUUGUGAAACUGUUUUCAUCUGCUUUUAUUUUGAUAUUCUGCGAGUUAUGUAUUGCCAUAUUUUUUUUGUUUUGUUUACAGAAAUGUGUCCUGUUGGUUUUUGCUAAUGAUUCAUACAUGUAGAAGUCUCAAGGCUUUCAAAACAAAUUGGCUUUAAAUUUGUCCCAUGUGUUACUGUCACCAAUGAAUAUGAAAUUAUGCCACAUGUCCAGACUUGAUUGAAUUCGACUUUAUAAAAAAAAAAAGAACUCCAAAGCACUGCUUUAAUUGGUCUAAACAAAAAGUAACCCCAACAAUUAAAAUCCCUUCCCUUUCCCCCCCUA